UUGUGGUUGCUGCUGAUGGUUUGGCCCACAAAAGCCAGUCAUUGCUGUCACGCUGCCAUAGCAACCAGGGAAUACUCACCGCCGUCAGUGGAGUGGAGUGUUUGAGGGGGGAUAGAGAGAGAGCAGAACGUGGUGAGUGGGAGUCCAGACCGACCACAACAACCAAAAAGGGACUGAUUUUCUCCUACGAUUUUUCCUCACUUUGGCUUCUGGUCGGACUUUAACUACUGGCUCAGACAUGGCUGCCAGCACAGCAGUUACAACUGUCCUGCCUCCGGUGAAGAGCGUGGUGGUGUACAGGAAUGGAGACCCCUUCUACAACGGGCGCAGGUUUGUGGUGAACCAGCGACAGGUGGCCACCAUGGAGGCCUUCCUGAAUGAAGUGACCCAGAGCAUCGGUGCUCCGCUUGCCAUCAGGACCCUGUACACCCCUAGACAGGGCCACAGGGUCACCGACCUGCAGGACCUGCAGACCGGAUCCCAGUAUGUGGCUGCUGGCUUCGAGAGGUUCAAGAAACUGGAUUACCUCCACACAGGAGCGAAAAAGCCGCCAGUGCCUCGAGAGGAAUACCAGGCCAAACUCACACAGAGGCCAAACGUGUCAGCCAAAUGGAGGAAGUUUAUACCUGUACCUUGCAUCUUACAUGUUUUCCGUAAUGGAGAUCUCCUGUGUCCACCCUUCCGAUUCAUCAUUCCUCGGAGCAUGCGGCAGGACCUGGGGCAGAUCCUGAGUCUGGUCACAGAGAAGGUCAGCUUACGAACGGGGGCUGUCCGCAGGUUGUGCACCCUGGAAGGACUGACUGUGGCCUCAGCUGCAGAGCUGGAGACUGGCCACUGCUACGUUGCCGUGGGAACUGAGAAGUUCAAGAAACUUCCAUAUGUGGAGCUGUUGGUUUCAAAAGCGACAGAGAGAUAUUACCAAGGAAAGAGGAGGCUGUUAAGGAGAAAUGAGAACAGGAAAGCAGGAAGCGGUCCAGAAGACCAGUACAGUGACUCAGCUCUCCUCGACUCCCCAGAGUCGGAUGGUCGCAGGGUGAAGUCGACAGGAGAUGAAGCUGCAGCUCCGGCAGCCUCGCAGCAGCAGAGAGGCGGGAGAGAUGCAGCGGAUGAGCCAUCCAUGUUCUUCUCCAGGCCGGUGAAGAUCCGCCAUAACAGGGGGCCACCUAGACCACCACUCAGCAAUGGAUCUGUCCAGUCCAGCGUAUUCAAAAGGGCAGCAAGGCAGAAAAGAGAGGAGGUACGAGGAGCUGAGGAGGUGCGAGAUGAAAACACAGCUACAGAGUUUCCUGUUGACCAGAGAGUUGCAGAAAUAGUGGAGGACGAAGAGCUAAACAACCAAACCCAUCCUCUGCAAAACACAACGCAGAUCCUAAAGAGUGAGCAGCACAAUGAGGGGGAACACCCACACAAACACAAUGGAAAGCAGGUGCUGUCACCCGAGCAAGAAGGUGUGGAACAGGCAGAAAACUCAACCAGGCCUGAGGAGUCUGCUGCAGGAAUACUGGAGCCGACACUGCAGCAGACGUCAACAAACUCAAGGCCGUCGUCGUCUACCUCUCAGGGAAUAAAAAGGGAAGACAAGGAAUUUCAGAAGAACGCCCCGCUGAUUGCAGCGGAACAGAACCAUCACCAGGAGGGCUGAUGAGAACGAAACAUUUAUAGAGGAGAGCAAAUCAUCCAGAUAACCUCGAGACUUCUGUUCCUCUGAUGACCCAUGAGUCAGUCUAUGUUUUAUUAAGGGUCACAUAUUAUACAAAAUUCCCCUUACCAUGUAUUUCUAACACUAAUAUGUGUCUCUAGCCUGUCUAC